CAUAGUCAAUAAAUUUGCGUCGAUGCAGCCUCAGUUUGCUACUUUAUUUUUUUAAUGAAAGCUGUAUUUACCUAGAAUUCACCAUGUCUCUCGCAACGAUGACUAUAAGAGAAAAGGAUCAGAUGUAUAGGCUGAUAAUUAGUCAACUACUUCAUGAUGGUUACCAUGAGAUUUCACAGCAGCUGAGUAAGAUUGUGUGUCCGGUUCCUGAUUGUCCACCAUCAGAUCGUCUUCAGAAAGUUGUACAGCUGGGUCUUAGAGCAGAACCUGACAGACCUCCUCCAGUCCUGAUAUCUGACACAGUUGCUCCAGCUUCAUCUAUUGAUUUGGACUUUGAUACAGAGGUGCAAUCACAAGCCCCCGAAGCAGCCCAGUACGAGACCUGCUAUGUCACCGCUCAUAAGGGACCAUGUCGGAUAGCUGCAUGGAGCAACGAUGGUCAGCUGAUUGCAACUGGAUCAACGGAUGCAUCAAUCAAGAUCCUGGAUGUGGAGCGUAUGUUAGCAAAGAGUGCAGCCUCGGCCCCUACCACAGAUACAGUUGAAAGCCAUCCUGUUAUCAGGACCCUAUAUGAUCAUGUUGAUGACAUCACAGCCCUUGACUUUCACCCGUCAUGGCCCAUCCUGGUAUCGGGAGGUAAAGACUGCACCGUUAAACUCUUCGAUUUCUCAAAGUCAACAGUCAAGAAGUCGGCCAAGUCCAUCCAGGAAGUUUCCCCGAUCAGGUUCACUACAUUCCAUCCGUGUGGGGAUUUCUUACUGGUUGCAACAGAACACCCAACGUUGAGGCUGUAUGAUGUAAAUACUGCUCAGUGCUUUGUGUCUUGUAAUCCCAGCGACCAACAUAAAGCUAUGAUGAAUAUGAUGGAAUACAGUCCUCUUGGCAACAUGUAUGCCUCUUGCAGUAAUGAUGGAUCUAUCAAACUCUGGGAUGGUGUGAGUAACAGGUGUGUCAAUACACUCAAAGAUGCUCAUGGAGGAGCUCCUGUCUGUUCUGUUAGAUUCUCAAGAAAUGGAAAGUAUGUGCUAUCCAGUGGCAAAGACUCCUUGGUGAAACUUUGGGAGAUCGCUACCAGCAGAACACUCAUCACAUAUACGGGAGCCGGGUCUGAGCAGAUGAAGACUAAUACACAAGCUGUAUUCAACCACACAGAGGAUUAUGUAUUCUUUCCUGAUGAGAAGACAUUGAGUUUAUGUUGCUGGGAUUCAAGGAAUGCAGAGAGGAACAAGCUGCUAUCUCUAGGCCACAACAAUGUCGUCAGUUGCAUCAUCCACUCACCUACAGGACCUGGCUUCGUGACGUGUAGUGACGACUUCAGAGCUAGAUUCUGGUAUCAUCGAACAGACUCGAACUGAUUUUCUGCGAAGCAUGAUUAGCUGAAAUCAGUCACAUAGGAGAGUAGUUUAAUCAGGGGUUUCUAGUUAGACUAGGCCAUAAGCUUCAUUUUCAAUUCCCUCAGAUAGGAUGUAGACCUGUAGGUCUCUUUAUUUGCUCUAGAACAUACAGGACCCCAUUUCAUAAAACUUUCUAUAAAUAACAUACUAGGAUUCAUUGACAAAAACUAUCUUGGCCAAGCCAAAGGUACCGUUUAGUAGCUUAUAGCAGAAUCUUUUAAUGUGUCAUUGAUGACUAGUUUCAUGAAGCAGGGCCCUAUCCUGUCUAUCUUGAUGCCGGUCAUGUAACCUUUAAGCCCAUUCACGGUUGUAAACUUCGCAUGAGCAGAAAAGGUCAUUUGAGAUAAACCAUGAAGGUGGCUUUCAAAUUCACUGACAUACGCAUUUGUGAUAUGAUGAUUAUUCAUGUAUUCAUGUCAAAAUAUUCAUUUUAUCACAUCCAAGCUGAAGAGUAAUAAAUAAAUCCUACAUAAUCACUAGUAUUUGACAGUAGUCUAAACAAUAGUCAAAUGUGCCAAAGGCAGAAAAUAAAACAGAUUUCCAAACUUUAUCCCUGAUGUACUAUUCUAGUCACCUGGUAUAUACAAUGCCUUUUG